AUUCAAUGAGAUUUCUUUUCAUCUUGCCCUGAGUUUUUGAGUCUCCCACUAUAGCGAUUGGCAUUCUCUUUAUAUAUAUCAACGGCCACUCAAAUAUUAUUCUCUCACCAGAUUCAGUAAAGAGUGGAUGAAUCUUGGAUUUGUUAAUUAAAGUUAAAGUUAAAAUAAAUCCAUAAAACCCAGUAACCAGUAAUCUCCAUUGGACUACACUUGGCAAUUAUUCUGUGAAGUGGAAACAUUGUUUAUUAGUGUAAUUGUGCAUUGGUGGUAGGAGUUACACCCUCUUUUCACCCGGCCCACAUCAGAGAGCACGUUUUCCUGUGGAAUUCACCCUGCCCUCAACACUCAGUAAAACUUGACAAUUUGGGCGCGCAUCGUCUUUUUCUCCUGGAGAAAAAGACGAUGCCUUUAUUGCCGCCAGUAUUAAACCCGAACCGGGAAUCGGGUCGGACAAUUUUACAACAAUGUCUUCAUCUUUUGCUCAAAACGACGAGGAAAAUCGGGUCGAUUCGGGCCCCGCAAAAAAUUCUAAAAUUUUUUAUCCCGACGUCGAAGUGAAAGUCGAGCUGGACGAUUUCGUCAUGGUCGACGACAUGAAUUCCACUCUGGAAAAAGAUCCGCUCGGUUUAUGCGAAGAAAAUCAUACAACACCGUCGUCUCCACCGUGGACUGAAAACAUUAAAACAAAAGAACUUGAAUUGUGGCGCGGUUUCCAUGACGACGACGCCGCCGACCAGUUGGACGACGUGGAGGAGGAAUAUUUCGUAAAAGUCGAGGAGUCAACCCAGGAUGACGAUGAAAUCAUGACUCCUGGUUCGGAAAUCAGCUCGGUCCCCCGUCGUCUUAAUUUGCUAAAAUUACGAGUAGUGUGCAAAAUAUGUGCGAAAACUUUCUCCCGACGGGAUCACCUCCUCCGCCACUUGAACAGCAAGAAUGUCCUUCGUGCUAAAAAAAGGGGCCAAGAAAUUAAUCUAUAUUAAGUAAACUAUAUUUACUCUAACGUUACGCUGGAUUUGGUAUGUAUAAUUUACACAAAAUUGAGAAUGCAUUUACACAAUUUUUAAGUGUGUAAUUUGGAUAAAAUUUUAAAAUUAGAAUGGUAUUUUGAUAUUUUGUAUGCAAAAUUUGGUUUAAUAAACCAUAGGAGUAAAACUUGCCCA